CGUCCGGCCGAAGUUCCGGGCCCGCCGCCCUCCGACUCGCGUCGCUUUCUGGGCGCUGGCGGCCGGCACCACCUCUGGCGCCCGGACUCACCCGGAGGACGAGGUGGCACCAGAGUAGUUCUAGCCGGUAAGAGGAGCGGGCCAGAGUACGGCGGCGGCGAAAGUGCGCGGCCGAGGCCGACCGGACGGGCUGCAGGCACCGCGGAGCCCGGGGCUCCGCCCGCAGGCGCAAUGAAGGCUCUCAUCUUGGUGGGCGGCUACGGGACUCGGCUACGGCCACUGACGUUGAGCACCCCGAAACCACUGGUGGACUUCUGCAAUAAGCCCAUCUUGCUGCACCAAGUAGAGGCGCUUGCAGCGGCAGGCGUAGACCACGUGAUCCUGGCCGUGAGCUACAUGUCACAGGUGCUGGAGAAGGAAAUGAAGGCCCAGGAGCAGAGGCUGGGAAUCCGAAUUUCCAUGUCCCAUGAAGAGGAGCCUUUGGGGACAGCUGGACCCCUAGCUCUAGCCCGAGACCUGCUCUCUGAGACUGCAGACCCUUUCUUCGUCCUCAACAGUGAUGUCAUUUGCGACUUUCCUUUUCAAGCCAUGGUGCAGUUUCAUCAGCACCAUGGCCAGGAGGGCACCAUUGUGGUGACCAAGGUGGAGGAGCCUUCCAAAUACGGUGUGGUGGUGUGUGAGGCUGACACGGGCCGCAUUCACCGAUUUGUGGAGAAGCCACAGGUAUUUGUGUCAAAUAAGAUCAACGCAGGCAUGUACAUCAUGAGCCCUGCUGUGUUACGCCGCAUCCAGCUGCAGCCAACAUCCAUUGAGAAGGAGAUCUUCCCUGUUAUGGCCAAGGAAGGGCAGCUGUAUGCAAUGGAGUUGCAGGGCUUUUGGAUGGACAUUGGACAACCCAAGGAUUUCCUCACCGGCAUGUGCCUCUUCUUGCAAUCAAUGAGACAGAAGCAACCAGAGCGACUGUGCUCAGGCCCUGGCAUUGUGGGCAAUGUGCUUGUGGACCCAAGUGCCCGUAUUGGCCAGAACUGCAGCAUUGGCCCCAAUGUGAGCCUGGGACCCGGUGUGGUGGUGGAGGACGGUGUGUGCAUACGGCGGUGCACGGUGCUUCGGGACGCCCACAUCCGCUCCCACUCGUGGCUGGAGUCCUGCAUUGUGGGCUGGCGCUGUCGCGUGGGCCAGUGGGUGCGCAUGGAGAACGUAACAGUGCUGGGUGAGGAUGUCAUAGUUAACGAUGAACUCUACCUCAAUGGAGCCAGUGUGCUGCCCCACAAGUCUAUUGGUGAAUCAGUGCCAGAGCCUCGUAUCAUCAUGUGAGGGACUAUGUGGGGGCUGGCUGAGAGCCCCCGCUUCUUUGUCAGCAGGGGGAGCACUGUGAUGGCACAGCAGAAGGCCCCGGACUUGAGUCCUUUGCCUGAGGAGGACUGGAUCAGGCCGCGCCUGGGGGGCACCUGCCUUUUUAUGUGGACAGAAAUUGGCAGGGCACCUGCUGGGCGCGCCCCACUAACCCCUCUCCCUCAAAAAGGGCCGGGGCCAGGGUUGUAUGGAAUAAUAAUUUAAUGUUCACCGUG